GCAGUCAUUUGCCGCGCUUGGCAGCAACUGUUGGCAAUCCUGAAUCGGAUCAAUAUUCCAGUUUCAGUGGGUUGAAGGAGCGGUACGGUAACAUGUAAAAUUUCCUGAAAAUUCUUUCAGUUAUUCUUCGUGUAAUGCCAGAAACUGAUUCGGUGUUGAUGCUCUGGAAAAUCAACAGGAUGUGAUUGGUUUAUGAGAUAAUGAUAUCAUUCGCUGGACUAUAGAUAAUAGCCACGAUGCCUCUGAGGAACAUCAUCCACCGGGCGUCCGCCUUCAUCCUGGGACCGCCAGAGGGCGCUGGUCCCGAAAGUUUUCGCUACGCGGACAACGAGAUCCUCUUCUGCAAGAACAACGUCUGCGUGCAUCCACCCGCCGCGGCAAGGCAGGAUUCAGAUGUGCUGCACCAUCCUGGUUAUCUGACAGUCACAACUAAGGUGUUCGUGGACCAGUACAACGAGUCCCGCAGACCCACCAUGUUCCUCACCUGGAUCCCCAACUCGGUACUAACGAAGCCCUCCGAAGAGGCUAACUCCCCUCUGAGGCACAAGGGCUCGAGUGUCGAGAGCCUCGCCUCCAACGGGUCCAGCGAGUGCUCUAAUAGGUCGAGCGAGUGCUCGAACAGGUCCAGCGAGUGCUCUAACAGGUCAAGCGGGUGCUCGAACAGGUCAAGCGGGUGCUUAGAUAGUGUCAGCGUGGGAUCGAAGAACACCAAUCCCUUCUUGGAGGGGGACAGAGAGUUGACGAGUUUGGAAGAGAGAGGCAUCCGGGUGAAUGUGGAUAUUUCUAGUCCGGGGAUCGAGAUAGUGCAGACGCCUGAUGAGGGUCAUGCACCGACACGCUUCGAUUUUUCCGCAAGGUCCAGAUCGAUAUCCUCGUCAGACAGUCCUCUCAAUUGGGUAACUACACCCGAGUUCCUAAUGCAACAGCAUAGUUUUCCCUUCCAAGACAGCAUAUCAAGUUCACCUAUCCUGAAUUCCAGACAGACACAUAAAUGCCGAAGGUUCAGCGUAGACCUGAGUCAGAUGAGAUCCCUCCGUCUAUUCUUCAGUGAUAAUAACUUCACAUGUGGACAAGUUGUUGUUGCUUCGCGCGAAUCUCAGUACAAAAUACUACAUUUUCAUCAUGGUGGUUUGGAUCAUUUAGCUCAAGUAUUACAUCAGUGGCAUUCUUUGCUGCACAAUAUCAAAUGUGCAAAAGGUAUCGAAGAAAACCUCCCGUACCGCCACUUCAUGGUAUGCAGACCGGAAGUAUCCGCCUUGGAGCUGCACCCGGAAGAAGGUCACGUGCCCAAGCUGACAGACGAAGUCUUCAGGCGCUUGUUCAGCGACGGCGGUCACAUCGACGACGAUUUGUCGUUGAGAAAGUGCAUCUUUUUCUCGGGCAUGGACAGGUCAAUCAGGCGAGAAGUGUGGCCGUUUCUGUUGCACGUGUAUCCCUAUCAGAGCAGCUACGAGGAGAGGGUGCAGAUUGCGGAAAUCAGAAGAAAUGAAUAUGAAGAGAUCAGUAGACGAAGACUGGACCUGAAUGAGAACAGGUUGAACCAGUUCAGGCGAACGAUACAGAGUGUUGUUGAAAAAGACGUGGUACACUCAAGGCAUGAGCGACCUACUGGCCCCCGUUCUUUAUGUUUCAAGAGGGAAUUCACUGAAGGAGUUGCUCUCCGCAUGUGGGAAGCAUGCUGGGCGAAUUAUCUAACGGACUAUUUCCAUUUAUUUCUGUGCUUGGCGAUAAUAUCGGUGUACGCAGAUGACGUGAUCGCCCAAGAUCUCCGAUCAGACGAAAUGCUUCUACAUUUCAGCUCUCUAGCGAUGUACAUGGACGGACAGCUGAUAGCCAGGAAAGCCAGAGGACUUCUCCACCAAUUCAGACAGAUGCGCGAGAUACCCUGCAGCCUGGCUGGUUUGUGCACCAAAUGUGGCCCCGGAAUUUGGGACAGCUCCCACAAUCCCCGUAUUUUUUGCGUAGGGCACGAGAAUUCUGGAGUCUGCUACAACUGUACAAACUGAAAGAGAAAUUAUUAAUAUUUUUUCCGGCUGAAAAUAAUAUUUCUUGAAUCAUCAAAAAAUGUUAAUAUUUUCAGAAUGACAUGUCUGGCUCGUGCACCAAAUGUCGUGGCCCCGGAAUUUGGGAUAGCUUCAUCAAUCCCCGGAUUUUUUGCGUAGGGAACAAGAAUUCUGGGGUCUGCUAUAAUUGUACAAACUGAAAGAGACAUUAUUUGUAUUUGUUCAGCUGAAUAUGAAAUUGUUUGACACAUCCGAGGAUAGUCAUAUUCUCAGAAUGACAUGAUGCGGCCUGUCUGGCCUUUGCAUCAAAUGUGACUCCGGAAUUCGGGACAAAGCUCCAUCAAUCUCUGGAUAUUUUGUGUGGGGCACGAGAAUUCUGGGGUCUGUUACAAUUGUUCAAACUGAAAGAGGAAUUAUUCGAAUUUUUUCAUUUUGGAUAUUAUGUUUUCCGGAUCAUUCAAAUAUAUUGAUAUUCUCAGAAUAACAUGAUGAUGGCUUGUGCACCAAAUGUGGCGCCGGAAGUUGGGACAGCUCCAUCAAUCCCGGAUAUUUUUCGUAGGCACGAGAAUUCUGGGGUCUGCUACAAUUGUAUAAACUAAAAGAGAAAAUACCUGUAUUCUUCCUGGCUGAAUAUAAUGUUUUUUGAAAUCAUCCAAGACUAUUCAUAUUCUCCGAAUGACAUAAUGCCUGUCUGACUUGUGCACCAAAUGUGGCCCCAGAAUUCGGGACAAAGAUUCGUCAAUCUCUGGAUAUUGUGCGUGAAGCACGAGCUAGAAUUCUGGGGUCUGAUUCAAUUGUACUGACUGAAAGAGAAAUCAUUUGUAUUUUUUGAAGCUGAAUAUUAUAUUUUUCGAACCAUCUAAAAGUUGUCAUAUCCUCAGAAUAACAUAAUGCGGCGUGUCUGGCUUGUGCAUCCAAUGUGGCCCCGGAAUUCGGGACAAAGCUUCAUCAAUCUCUGGAUAUUCUGCGUGUGGCACGGGAAUUCUGGGGUCUGCUACAAUUGUACUUACUGAAAGAGAAUUUAUAUGGAUUUUUUUCCAGUUGAUUAUUAUAUUUUUCGAAUCAUCCAAAAAUGGUUGAAUUCUCAGAAUAGCAUGAUGCGACCUGUCUCACUUGGACACCAAGUGUUAGCGUGGAAUUGGGACAGCUCCCAUAAUCCCCAGAUAUUUUGCGUGGGGCACGAGGAUUUUGGUGUCUGUUGAAAUUGGACAAUCUGAAUGGAAAACUAUUGGUAUUUGUUUCCGGCUGAAUAUUAUAUUUUUUUAAUCAUCCAAAAAUAGUCAUAUUGCCAGAAAGACAUGAUGCGGCUUGUCUGACUAGUGCACCAAAUGUGGCCUAUCAUUUUGGGACAGCUUCCACUAUCCCCUGGUAUUUUUCGUGGAGCACAAGCAUGGUCUGCUACAAUUUUAAAAACGGAAAGAGGAAUCAUUUGUAUUUUUUCUGUUGGAUAUCAUAUUUUUCAUUUCAUCCAGAAAUAGUGGAAUCCUUAGAAUGAAAUAAUGUUUUGCGCACUGAAUAUUGCCUCGGAAUUUGGGACAACUUCCAAAAUCCCCUGAUAUUUUGCGUAGGGCACGAGUAAUAUGGGGUCUGCUACAAUUGUACAAACUGAAAGAGAAAUUAUUAUCUCCUAGAUAUAAUAUUCACCAAUUUAUCCAGAAAUAUUCAAAUUCUCAGAAUGCAUUGAAUAAAGUUUGUACAAACUGAAAGAGAAAUUAUUUAUAUUUUUUCCGGCUGAAAAUUAUAUUUUUUUAAUUAUCCAAAAAUAGUGAUAUUUUCAGAAUGACAUGUCUGGCUUGUGCACCAAAUGUCGUGGCCCUGGAAUUUGGGAUAGCUUCAUCAAUCACCGGAUAUUUUGCGUGGGGUACGAGAAUUCUGGAGUCUGCUACAUUUGUACGAACUGAAAGACGACAUAUUCGUAUGUUUUCUACUGGAUAUUAUAUAUUUCGAAUCAUCCAGAAAUGGUCUAAUUCUCAGAAUGCGAUAAUGCUUGUGCACCAAAUGUUUUCCCGGAAUUGGAUACAGCUCCCACAAUCUCCAGAUAUUUUGCGUGGAGCACAAGAAUUCUGGAAUGUGCUACGAUAAUUGUAUAAAUUGGAAGAAAAUACUUCUAUUUUUUCUGCUGGGUAUGAAAAGUCGUAUCCUCAGAAUUUGGUACAGCUUCCACAUCUCCCGUUAAGUUUGUCUUUUUUUGCUAGAUAUUAUGGGUACUUCUCGAAUUAUCGAAUGGUGACAGUGAGCAAAUAAUUCAAGGGUCAUGUUCACGAAAUCUUCAAUGAAUUGAACGACAAUGGUUGAUGACGGCACAAAACAGCUGAGUAAUUUCCUGGUAAUUCUACGCAUACUCAACAACUAAUAUCCCAAUGCUGCCAGUAACCUUCCUGUUGAAUUGCAAUAGGAUGGCAUUUGUUCAAUUGCAUUUCUAAUACUAUACCACAGAGUGUGCAUCCCAGUUCGGUUGCGAUCACAAGAUUUCUCGGUUGUUAUGGGCACUGUGGCUGAGUUUGUCUAUGCGCUGAAAUUCGCUAGAUAGCCGUUCACGAUGCGGCGAAGGUACUGUCAAUUCGAAUCCGGCUACCGGCUGACAAUUUUUCUUAAAGAAUGUGUGAUUUCUGAUUGUAAUCCUGGCAGCACCCCGAUGCCCUGAAGUGGUUCAAUUCCACUAUAAGCUGUAGGUCCGGCUCUUCCUAACCCCACACAAGUUUCGACUUCUGGGGAGUUGGUUCCCAACUUUGAAGAAGCGAUAUAUACAAAAAAAAAAAAAAAGUACUUUGCAAUUUUCACGUUAUUCCUUCACUACUUUUUUGUAAAAUUCAAGGGGGCUUGCUUAUCAGAUUUUCAAUGACUGUUCACAUUUAUGAGAUUCUGAUAAUACAUACUUCUUCCAUAUCUAUAAAGUAAUAAGAAUGAGUGUAAUGCUGAGAACUGACAGACCGUAUUGAACAGACAGUUCUUCAUUCCAGUUUGAUCAUUUCAGCUAUUUUCGGUCAUGUUUUUUAUUUCGAUAAUUCAUAUAUCGGAUGUUUUUUAGCUGAAUAUGCAUACAGGGUGUCUGCAUCGCAUAUUAUUAUUAUGCCUUGCUCACAAACUCACUCACUCCUCUGGAACACCGUGGAAAAGUUGGCGAUCUGGCUCUAUUUCAUAUAUAUUUUCAUGGACGUUGCUCUUCUGAAAUAUCAACAAUUGUUCCUUCCUUGGUAGUCCUAGCGAGAUUAACCUGUCGAGUUGAGGCUUCGCGCCCCUUCGUGGUCACUUUGGAGACCUGCAGAACAUCUCUUUUCAAAUACUCGUUCAUCCAAGGAACAGCGAGGCUCUGGAACACAUUGCCAAGGGAGGUGUUCUUCGAGGCAUAUAACCUUCCCUUGGUUCUCACGAUGUUCUCUGAACAUUACAGGAUAUCCCAUUUCGUGGGAACCAGAACUUAAAAAAAAUUAUCAAGUUUACGCAAAGGUGGUCUACGAUUGUUGUUCAUUUAAUGAACAUUUUUCUUGAUGAGCAGAGAAUUUCAGUUUUUUGAAGUGUAUCUUUCCUUCUACGCUAGAUGGCGUUACACCCAUGUGGCCUAUGGGAGAUUCCACUGCUGUUAUAAAAUGCCGAUCAGAUUAUUGUUACGCUUAUCUGGCUGAAUAAGGACGGCUAGCUGAAGACAAUCCUACACUGAUGGAGACAAAAGCCCAACAUUUCCCUGCAGGUGUCAAGCGUUAACCUUGCUACAAUCUUCGAAAUGACAGCAUUGAGGUAAGAAUAACUUGCAUCAGUAUUCGUUUAUACGAAUGAAUGCAUAGAUCAAGGGAGUAUGUAUUUCAAUGUUCUGCGUGUCAUCAGCCACGAAAGUAGUUGUUCAACUUCCCUCAUCUACCAUCGUCGUUUAUUUCAUAAAAAUUUGUGAAAAUUACUCUGAGGUUUAUAUUAAUUCAGGUAAAAAUUCAUUUGUUGUUGAACUUCACAAACUGUGGAAUUGUAAAAAAUAUUUGAUUUAUCGAAUCACUCAUGUACCUACCUAUUGUAAAUGUUAAUAUGAUGAAUAAAU